UUGUCAGCGGUCGGCUACCCAAUUCUUUCCACUGUUCGUCCUUUCCCGUCGGCAUCGCCCAUUUCUAAGGUACGUACCUACGAUAUUCUCUUCUUCUUCCUCUUUCAGAAAUCAUCGAAAGAGCAGUCUUGAUCAAGGAAAUUUGAACUCUUCGAUAUUUUUCAGAAAUCAACUAAAGAACAUGUGAUCAAGUAAAUUUCCAACUCUUCGUUAGUCAAUCUGAGCAUAUGAUCAACUUUUUCAUUCAUUUAUCCCCAAUUUCUCAUUCCGCAGCUUAAAAAAUGCAAAUGCUCCCAAAAUUUAAGCUUCCCAAGUCCUUCUCCAAACAUUGCCUGAUAUAUUGUAAAGGGAACUCAAUUUCUUCGUCUCAUAGAGUAUGCAGUUUGUUUGCCUUUUCUUCUAGUACCACCACCAUCACUGAGCCUGAAUCACCUGAACUACCAAAUUGGAUUAAACUUGUGGAGAGGCCCGACGAUGAGUUCGUUCUUCCAAAACAUGGCUACGGGUUUGAUCCUGACACGUCUGGUAAGCUAUUCGGACAACAAAUCACCAACAACGAUAUCGAAAAGCUAAGUACAAUUCUGAAACAUCAAUUUUCAACCACAGAUGAAGUAGUGCAAGCUCUGAGUGGUUUUACCGUUUCUAUAUCAGAUGGUUUAUGUGAGCAAAUCUUGAAGAGAUUCAACAAUGACUGGAUUCGAGCUUUCGGGUUCUUCAAAUGGGUUAAGUCUCUCAAUGAUUUCACACAUUCGCCUAGCUUGUAUUGUCUUGUGAUUGAUUUAUUAGGGAAGGCAAAGAAAUUUGAUCUUAUGUGGGAAUUAUUGGAAGAAAUGAACCAAUUAGGGGGAGAGUAUGUUACAUUAGAGACUUUAGCUAAGGUGAUGAGAAGACUUGCUAAGGCACGUAGAUACAACGAUGCAAUAAUCGCUUUUAGGGAAAUGGACCGAUUUGGUUUGAUCAAGAAUGUUGAAGCAUUGAACCUUUUGAUGGAUGCAUUAGUGAAGGAAAAUAGUGUUGAGCAUGCUCAAGAAGCAUUCCUCGAGUUCAAAAACAGCAUUCUGUUAAAUUCUCAUACUUACAAUGUUUUGAUUCACGGCUGGUGCAAAGCUAGGAAGAUGGAGGAAGCUAAACUGGUUAUGAACGAGAUGGAAAGAGAUGGUUUUCAUCCCGAUUCGAUUUCCUACACUUGUUUCAUUGAAUCAUACUGCCGUGAGAAAGAUUUUCGAAAUGCUGAAAUGAUAUUGGAGGAAAUGCAACAAAAGGGUUGUUCUUGUUCUCCUAGUAUUGUGACUUACACAAUUCUUAUGCAUGCUUUUGGGAAAGCAAAGGAGAUAAAUAAGGCAUUGGAUAUUUAUGAGAAGAUGAAGAAUCAAACUGGUUGUGUUCCCGACUCUUCGUUCUACAACUCGUUAAUUUACAUUCUAAGUAAAGCUGGUAGACUUAAGGAUGCACGUGAAGUGUUCGACGAUAUGCCAAAACAGGGGGUUGCUCGUGAUGCCUUGACGUAUAAGACCAUGAUAACUGCUCUUUGCGAGCUCUCGCAAGAGGAGAAUGCUCUAAAAUUGCUACGAGAAAUGGAAGAUAUAUCGUGUAAGCCAGAUAUUGAAAUUUAUGCACCAAUACUAAAGAUGUGCUGCAAAAACGAAAGAAUAAAGACGAUUUCUUCUAUCGAGAUGCAUAUGCUUGAACACGAUGUUAGCCUCGAUUUAGGAACUUAUACUCUUUUGGUUCAAGAAUUGUGCAAAAGAGGUAAAUUUGAACAUGCGGUUGCAUACUUUGAGGAAAUGGUUGCGAAAGGGUUUGUACCUAGAGAUGCAACAUACAAAAUGCUGAUGAAGGAACUUGAUAAGAAGGGUGUGGUGAAAGAAAAACAACAAAUUGAAGAAAUUAUGUUGAGAUUAAGAUUGGAGAACGAUUCUUGCCCUUCUCCAUCCUGAUGUUGAUUAUCAUUGAUGACUAUUCUUUGAAGAUCGGACACUAUCCUUUUGCAUAUCAUCACGGAUCAAGGUUAGAUUUUUGAAUACAU